CCCAGGACCCUGCAUUCACUUAUAUCUGGUCUCCCCGGACCCUGCAUUCACUAUAUCUGGUCUCCCCGGACCCCGCAUUCACUAUAUCUGGUCUCCCCGGACCCUGCAUUCACUAUAUCUGGUCUCCCCGGACCCCGCAUUCACUAUAUCUGGUCUCCCCGGACCCCGCAUUCACUAUAUCUGGUCUCCCCGGACCCCGCAUUCACUAUAUCUGGUCUCCCGGGACCCCGCAUUCACUAUAUCUGGUCUCCCCGGACCCCGCAUUCACUAUAUCUGGUCUCCCGGGACCCCGCAUUCACUAUAUCUGGUCUCCCUGGACCCCGCAUUCACUGUAUCUGGUCUCCCGGGACCCCGCAUUCACUGUAUCUGGUCUCCCGGGACCCCGCAUUCACUGUAUCUGGUCUCCCGGGACCCCGCAUUCACUGUAUCUGGUCUCCCGGGACCCCGCAUUCACUGUAUCUGGUCUCCCGGGACCCCGCAUUCACUGUAUCUGGUCUCCCACAGACCCUGCAUUCACUAUAUCGGGUCUCCCCGGACCCUGCAUUCACUAUAUCGGGUCUCCCCGGACCCUGCAUUCACUAUAUCGGGUCUCCCCGGACCCUGCAUUCACUAUAUCGGGUCUCCCCGGACCCUGCAUUCACUAUAUCGGGUCUCCCCGGACCCUGCAUUCACUAUAUCGGGUCUCCCCGGACCCUGCAUUCACUAUAUCGGGUCUCCCCGGACCCUGCAUUCACUAUAUCGGGUCUCCCCGGACCCUGCAUUCACUAUAUCGGGUCUCCCCGGACCCUGCAUUCACUAUAUCGGGUCUCCCCCGGACCCUGCAUUCACUAUAUCGGGUCUCCCCGGACCCUGCAUUCACUAUAUCGGGUCUCCCCGGACCCUGCAUUCACUAUAUCGGGUCUCCCCGGACCCUGCAUUCACUAUAUCGGGUCUCCCCGGACCCUGCAUUCACUAUAU